CGCACGAUCAAAUGCGAGCUAUGCUCGACCAGUUAAUGGGCACAGGACGAAAUGGGGAAAAUAACAAAUUUCAAGUGAAAUACUCCGAUUCGAAAGUCUGCAAGAGUUUUUUGCUGGCCUGCUGUCCGCAUGAAAUCCUGUCGUCGACGUUCUAUUUCCAGAGUCUCUGGAAAAAGCAAUUCCAAUCAGAUCCAUUGUACAAUAUUGUUGCGAGUAUUGUCCGCUCACAUAUGUCCGUGUUGUACUUGUCACUCUCACACGCGCGUUACUGUAAGUACUGAAAACGAGAAGAGGACGUACGUAUUACAUCUACAAUUUGAUUUACCUUUACAAUAAUAAUUCAAAUACUAAGUAUACAUAUAUAUAUAUACAUAUAUAUGCGUAUCUAUAUACAUAUAUAUUUUAAUUCGAUAUACAUAUAUAUAUAUAUAUACGUAAAGGCGGGUAACCUCAGCCCCUCUACCGAUUUUCCACACGGUGGUGAGGCUGAGUGCCGAAUGUAAAUUCCCAGACCCCCCGAAAAGGCCUGUAAAAUUCGGUGAGUAGAGCGUCAUACUGAUUCAAUGAGACGAUGUCUUAAUUGUCGCUUCUUACUAAUAAUGCCGUUUACGGCAGGUAGGAAUGAAGUUUACUUUGAGAAUGUGUGUGAGCAAAAAAUAUAUAUCAUCCUAUGGAAGUAUGUGGGUGCAAGAAAAUGAAGCAGUGAUCUGUAAGUAAGACUUUGCGAAUUGCCAAGAACUUUUCGCGCGCGCACGCGCGUACGGUAACGAUGUUCCGUCGGAGACCGGAAGAAAUCUCGAUUGUCUUCCUGUCCUCUCUCUCUCUCCGGCUUUCGACGUUUCGAAGAAAACGAGCGAGUUGGUCGAUGCAGCUUCAUGCGGCGGGCGUUUUCCCUCGCACGUGUGCCUCGUCUUCUCUUUAACGAUUAUCGCGCGUCUCCGACUACGGAUAUAAAUAAAUACUUGAAUAAAUAAAUGAGGCGUCUUUAACAGCGCGAGUCUUUAACAAAACGCAUCGCGUCAUCCUGUCGAGAUAUCGAUUUUUUUCGCCGCAGUUCGAGUCCUCCGGGGGGGCCUCUACCGUUUCGCGCGAAUCGCGAUGCCUUUGGCAAUUUGCAACGGCCGAGGUGUCGACAAGAGAAAAAUUGAGAGUUGGCAUGACGCAGAGAGACGUGUGUGAUUAGGCGGAUUAGCACGACGUUGCCAGUUCCAUUAGAAAAAUUUCCUCCAACACUGGACGUGUGUACGUAUUGAAUCCGUAUCUUUCUAAAUCCGUUUAGCAGCCAACGUAAGAGAGAAUUCGUGCCGUACGUAAAUAGCAUAAUCAACCAUUAUAGGCUGUAAGUUCUUUCGUAGAAAAGUGAACAUUAUGAACUUAAGGUGUAUGCUGAUUAUAGCUUCAUUGCCAUCGCAUUCUCGUGUCAGGCGGAGAACUGUUGCCACCCUGUAAGUGAAAACAACAAACUAUAUUAUCUGUACAAACUGUAUUUCUACUUUAUACCACGCGACUACAUACUAUAGAUCGACUGACGAUCGUUGAAUCGCCUCAAUCGUACAUUUUGUCUAAUCCGUGCAGGAAGACAAAUUGACGCGUUUCCGUUAAAAGUAAAAAAAAUAUAUAUAUAUAUCAAAUGAAAUGAAACGAAAGAAAGAGACAAUAUGUCUAUUGGACUGUUUUUCAUCCUAAGAGUAUACAGGCGUUACAAGCUCGAAAAUUUUUGUCGUGUAUAAUCUGUCUAUCUGUCUCUAUCUCUUUCCUUCUCUCUCUUGCCUCCUUCUCUUUUUUAUUUCUCUCUCUUCUCCCUCUUCUGCUCUCUCUGCUUUCUCUCUCUCCUCUCCUCUCCUCCCUCCACCCUCUCUCUCUCUCUCUCUCUCUCUCUCUCCCCCCCUUUUAGAUUAUCUAUUCGAGCAAAUUUCUAGUCGCGGCAACGCGACCGAGUAAGUUAUUCUUGCUAAAUAAGAAAUCUCGUAAAUACAGAGCUGGGGAGGGUCUAACUAGAAUAAUCAUAAUAAUGAUGAUAUGCGUAGAAUUUAUAAGGCCCUGUAUAAACGAAGGAACGUACUUUAAUACAAUUCGAUUUGUAAAUGUCAUAGCGCAUGGACCUGGGAGAAUGCCCCCAGAUUCACGACUUGGCCCUACGGGCUGACUACGAGGCUGCGCAAAAGAAGAAAGAUCACUUUUACGACAUCGACGCAAUGGAGCAUCUUCAAAGCUUCAUCGCCGACUGUGAUCGCCGUACGGAGCAGGCCAAGCAGCGUUUGGCGGAAACGCAGGAGGAGCUGAGCGCAGAGGUGGCGGCGAAGGCGAACAACGUCCACGUGCUCGCCGAAGAGAUCGGUAAGAAACUAGCCAAAGCCGAACAACUCGGCGAAGAAGGCUUCGUCGAAGAGUCCAUGAAGCUGAUGGGCGAGAUUGACGAACUGCGCAAAAAGAAGAACGAAGCAGAGCAAGAAUACAGAAAUAGUAUGCCAGCAUCAAGUUAUCAACAGCAGAAGUUGAGAGUAUGCGAAGUGUGUAGUGCGUAUCUUGGCAUACAUGACAACGACAGACGUUUAGCCGAUCAUUUUGGUGGCAAACUGCAUCUGGGCUUCAUCAAGAUCCGUGAGAAGCUUGCAGAGCUUCAGAAGACCGUGGAGGAGAGGCGCAAAGAGAAACGCGAAUCCUUGCUCGAUAGAAGACGAGACAGAGACAGGGAGGACCGUGACAGAGAUCGCGACAGAUCGGACAGGAGAAGCGGAGGAUUGGGCUACAGAGAUCGCGACCGAGACCGUGAUCGGGAUCGUGACCGCGAUCGUGAUCGGGAUCGUGACCGCGAUCGUGAACGCGACAGAGAUCGUGAUCGCGAUCGCGAUCGCGAUCGCGACAGGGAGCGUGAACGCGAGCGCGAUCGCGACCGAGAUCGCAGAGAUAAGGACAAGAAAAAGUCGCGAUCCCGAAGUCGCAGUCGUGGAAAAAGAUCAAAACGUUCGCGCAGCGGUAGUCACAGUCGUCGAUCUCGUUCCCGUCGUAGCGGGUCCAACGAUCGCAAGAGAUAAGAAAAAAGUUAUAUAAUAAUUAUGCUCAAUCAAUCACUCUUUCUGAAUUUCCCUUUUUUGUCUCUUAUUUCCUUUUUCCCUGCUCCUUUUUUCUCCUUCUUCCCAGCGCUCUAUAUGUGUACACAUCUUGUACAUGUAAUGUGUAACACCAAACCGUGUGCACAUGAAGCAUUCAUAUUGAUUUUAAAAAAUCGUCUGCGCUAAACCUGGUGUUUCGCGUCUCUCAACGUAAUCAUUGUAUAUUACUUGAUACCUAAGUGAUACAAACCCAACUUUAUUUAUACUAGAAAUUAUUACUUCGAAUAUUGAAUUCAAUUUAGGUAUUAAUCAAUCUACAAUGUACUUUUUCUUUUAAAUUAGUUUUAAUCUAUCUGUAAAUAAGAGAACAGCUUAAAUAUGUCAUGUAUUUGCGGUUGUUAUAUGUUAAUCACAUGAUCGUAGAUGUAGCGAUGAUAUAAAUAAUAAUAAUAAUAAUACAUUUCAGCAUAA